UCUCCUCCUGCACUCGAAAUCACCUCUAUAAAUCAUUCUCCGCGGCACCCAUCGUCCUUCCCCCCCGCUCUCCUCCCCUCUCCUCGCUUUCAGGAACUCCUCGCUUCCCCUCUAAAUCCCAUCUCCGUCAUCUGCCUCCCUCCUCUCAUCCCCCCACCAAUCUCCCAAAAUCUCCAUUUCUCGUUUCCUAUCUCGAAAAUGGACCGACCCAGAUUCGUAAUACCAGCCUCCGAAGCUGAAUCCAUGGCAGAAGGAUCCAACCUCUCCGUAGUCCAGUUCCUACCCUCCCUCGUCAACUCCGCCAAGCGCCUCGCCCGCCCACCCAUCUCCCACUACCACGUCGGCGCCGUCGGUUUAGGCUCCUCCGGCCGAGUCUUCUUCGGCGUCAACCUUGAAUUCCCCAGCCUUCCCCUCCACCACUCCGUCCACGCCGAGCAGUUCCUCCUCACCAAUCUCUCCAUCAAUGCCGAACCCCGCCUCCACUACCUCGCUGUAUCCUCCGCCCCAUGCGGCCACUGCCGCCAGUUCCUCCAAGAGAUCCGUAACGCCCCGAACGUCAACCUCCUCAUCACCUCCGAACCCAAAUCGGUAUCAGACCAAUUCCAACCGUUAUCCAACUUUCUCUCCCACCGGUUCGGCCCCGAUGACCUGCUGGCCAAAGAUGUACCAUUGCUCUUAGAGCCACACCACAACGGGUUAACGUUUCUAAGCGAAACCCAGUUUCCAUCCUGCAAUGGUUUUGGCGAUGGAUAUGAGGAAUUACGACAUGCGGCUUUAGAGGCGGCGAAUAAGUCGCAUGCGCCGUACAGUAGAUGCCCAUCCGGCGUAGCGCUUAUGGACGGCGAAGGGAAGGUAUACAAAGGGUCUUACACGGAAUCGGCCGCGUAUAAUCCGAGCUUGGGGCCGGUGCAGGCAGCAAUCGUAGCGUACGUUACCGGCGGGGACGGUGGUGGCUAUGACAAGAUUGUCGCGGCGGUGUUGGUGGAACAGGAAGGAGCUGUGGUGAAGCAAGAGGACACGGCAAGGCUGCUAUUGAAGGCGAUUUCGCCCAAGUCUGAUGUUGUAAAUGGCCUUUGUGAUUGCUGUUGAAGUAGGAUCAUGAACAGCAGCAGCAGCAGCAGCAGGAGGAGGAGGUGGGCCGCCAACCUUGUUGUGAAAGUUUGUGAUAGAGCAGACAUAGCAACAGUAGCUAUGUUCCCUGGCCUGGCCCCAGCAUGGAUGGGAAUCUAAAUUAAACCAGCAGUAUUAAAAUUGAAUUGCUCCCCUCUCAGCUUGCACUUUUUUCUAUUGAUAAAACGGUGGAGCUUCCUGAGGUGGAGUUCCAAUAUUCCAACAUCUAUAAUUGCACUUUUUUGUUGAAUUUAGUUUAGGGUCAAGAUCCAGAGUCAUUACUUUGGUAUGCUGACAAAAAGGGUGCUAUAAAUUAAUUGUGGACCACUUUCUCUUUUAAUUUCUUGUUUUAUUUAGUAUUUAAAACCUUUUUAUUCCCCUAA